CAUCCCAAAAAGCGUAAAACGGUAAUAGUGUAAGACACUGACACGCAAAUAACACACAGAGACAGAGGGAGAUAGCCAGAUAAAGAGACACCAUGCCCACCAUCCCUGUUGUACAUGGUUUUUGUUAAUUUCUAAUCUAGGGUUUUUGCUUCUACCUAUACAUCAUCUCUAUCUCCCUCUUCCGGCUUGCUUUAUCUCAAAAUGGAUUUUCCGGAUUCAAAUCGGGUUGAUAUUUUCCAGAUUUACCAGCGUUACUGCGAUAUUAGAUCAGGAAAAUCAUACGAGGGGGAAAGAAAAGAGCAAGAUGAUGAUAUGCAUCACUGUAAAUUCUCAAGGGAUGCAUUGGCUCAGCUUUUAAAAUUUGUGGAAUUGAGGGUGCAUACAAGGAUUUCAAUUUUUGAGGAACUUGCAAAGCUCAUGUCAAAGUUAGAAUUUAUGGUGGACUUCUCUGAAUACUCACAUUUCUAUGAUUUUGUGUUCUUCAUGUGCCGUGAAAAUGGUCAAAAGAAUAUCACGGUAAGCAAGGCAGUUACUGCAUGGAGGCUGGUUCUAGCCGGUAGGUUUCGGUUGCUGAACCAAUGGUGCGACUUUGUCCAGGAAAAUCAGAGACAUAAUAUCUCUGAGGACACGUGGCAGCAAGUUCUAGCUUUUAGCCGAUGCGUGCAUGAAAAUCUUGAAGGGUAUGAUCCUGAAGGAGCAUGGCCUGUCCUAAUAGAUGACUUUGUUGAGCAUAUGUACAGGAUAUCAGGAUCCAACAAAGAUUCCAACAUUUUCUGUAACUGCGGUGAUUCAGAGUCUCAAUCAUGUGUAUUUGAAGAACCUCUUCCUGGGUUGAAAGUGACUCCUGGUCUGAAGAGGAAGUUGCCUAAUCUUCAAAAUGAAGAAAUGGAGUCGUCAGAUUAUCAUUUAACAGAAUAUACUGACCUUAAUCUUAUGUCGAAUUCGAAGAGAAACAGGCUGAAAUCUCGCAGACCAUUGAACUGGGAGGAUAAUCCACCGGGUAAUUCAGCUGGUGAUUGCAUGGAAGUCAUUAAACAUAAUAGUCCAAUGGGGUCUACCAAAUCUCCGUGUGCAGUUGAAGGUUGCUUGUCCAGGGGCUUUGCCGGGCUAUUCUCAACUCGUUCCUAUUUGCAACUUGAUCGAGAAAGAAGAGUUUCUUAUACAUAGAGCUUGCAAUCCAAACCCAAAAAAACGUUUUGCAGGCUGAUAUGGUUUGUUAUACUUGUAUGUGUGGCUUGGGGUCAAUAUUCAUGUAUACCCACAUUUUCUGUAUUAUGUGGGAUAUAAUUUUCUUCAAAUCUGAAACAGUCAUGGAGAUUUCUUAUUGAUUGAAUGUUACAUCAGUACUCUGUUGAGCGUUAAGAAACUAAUAAGAUGUCUACUAUUAGAUUUAUUUGAUUU